ACGGCAACAUUCAAAGAUCUACGACUAAAACUUAAAGCACACCAGUCUCUGUUACGAUGAAAAUACAAAACAUUUUUUUUACCCUUCCCAACUUACAUAAGUUCUUACAUUUGUAUCACUGUGUUUGUAUAUAUUAUGAUGAAUCGUUCCUUACUUUCACUUUCACUCCUACAUUUAUACCUUCACUUGCAUCCAUGGUUCUUUACUAACACGAGGAGAUUUUACCAGACAUGGCAGAAGCUAUACCUCGAGAUCACGACCAGUACAGCUGCUCAAUAUGUUUGGACUUGUUGAAGGAUCCCGUGACAAUUCCGUGUGGACAUAGUUACUGCAUGAGCUGUAUUAACGAGUGCUGGAAUACAAAUGAUCUGAACGGGAUCUAUAGAUGUCCACAAUGCAGACAUGCCUUCAAAACAAAGCCUCCACUCAACAGAAGUACAGUGCUUGCUGAAAUAAUGGAGAAACUGAGGAGCACAGAGCUGCAAGUGUCAGAGUCUGCUCAAAGUCUUGCUGGACCUGGAGAGAUUGCGUGUGAUUUCUGUGCUGGAGAAAUGAUCAGAGCUGUCAAGUCUUGUCUGGAGUGUCGAGUCUCUUUCUGUGAAACACAUGUACAACCCCACUAUAAUGUUCCUGCCCUGAAGAAACACAAGCUGGUGAAAGCUGCAGUCAUUCCAGUCUGCCCCAAACAUGACAAGCUCCUCGAGGUUUACUGUCGGACGGACCAGAAAUGUGUCUGCAUGCACUGCUUAUUGGAUGACCACAAGAGCCAUGACACAGUGCCAUCUACAAUAGAGCGCAACGAGAAACAGAUCAAACUCACAGACACUCAAAAGAAAGUCAAGCAGACAAUCCAGGCAAAAGAAAAAGAGCUGCAGAAAAUGAAUAUGGACAUCGCCUACCAUUCAGAUUCUGCAAAGAAGGCAGUGGAGAACAGUAAGAAAGUGUUCGGGGAAUUAGUCAAAUUAAUUGAGAAAAAAGGCAAUGAGGUGAUUGAAAAGAUAAAAGUUGCAGAAAAGGCUGAUCUGGAUCAAGGCACAAAGCUACAAAAGAAGCUGCAAGAGGAAAUUACUGAGCUGAAGAAGAGGGAAGGAGUUCUAGAGGAUCUUCUACAGACAGAUGAUAACAUCCAAUUUCUUCAGAAUUUUGAGUCUGUGUCCUCUUCUUCUGGGUCUGAUGGCUUCCCCAGUCACUCUUUUAAGCCUUGCUGCCCUUAUCCAGAUGUAAACAAUCUUGUUUGUGAACUUAAAAAGCAGCUGGAGACUAUUUUCAACCAAGAAAUAAAUGAAACUGUUCAAAAAGGAUCUUUAAAGCUCAACUGCAAUAUUAAAAUAGGAGACAAGGUCUGUGUGAAGCCAUCUGUAGAAACGCCCAAAUAUCUCUGGGGUUCAGUCAGCCAUAAAAGCAUUGGCAGUGUCAUAAAUGUGCAGGGUGAGUCUGUGACAGUAAAUUUCCCUGAGCAGGAAGGUUGGAUUGGUGACGUUUCUGAAAUGGAGCUUGUAGUCAGUGCUGAUUUAGGGUUCCCCAGUCAUGCCUACUUCAAGACAGGAAACAGAGUCAGGGUGAAAUCUUCAGUGAAAGAUCCAAAACAUGGAUGGGGAUCAGUCACUCACAACAGCAUCGGUGUCAUUAAAAGAAUUCAGGGCGAGUCUUUGACUGUGGAAUUCCCAGAGCAGACGGAUUGGACUGGUAUCGCUUCAGAAAUGGAACUCAUAAAUGGUGAUUUUUCAGAGGUGCUCAGUUUAAGGCCUGGAGUGAGGGUCCAUGUUAAACCCACCAUCAGAACUCCAGCACAUGGCUGGGGAAGUGUCACCAAGGACAGCAUUGGAGUGGUCGUAGCUAUAGAUGGAACCAAAGUGACUGUGAACUUUCCUGAACAGUUUAGUUGGACUGGCAUUGUCUCAGAGAUGGAGGCUGUACCUUAAUAAUGAUACACAGCAUCCAGGAGCUGUUCACUGUAUGUACACUGCAAAAGGGUUAAGAAUAUAGAUUAUGUUUAGGGCUAAUGAGUUUGAUCUUAACACCAGGGUUUAAUGCACAGAUUAAAAAUGCCCACUGGGACCCACUCAAAGAACCUAUUUUAACUGUGAAACAUAGUUAUUACAUAAACAAGAUUGCAUGCAAAAGGUAUGUAUACACCAGCGUAAUAUA